GCAAAGCACUUCGAAAAGCGACACACCUCGAAAGAGGAAACUCGCACCACCACCAUUCCUGUCCGACCAGUUCAAUCAGAGUUUAAGGAAAGCAGCUACCAUCGAACCGAGUCAUCGAAACAGGAAACGAACCGCGGUGUUCCGAUGCAGGGCGCGACUAACCAGGAUUCGGUCAACAAGUCGUACAUAGUCCAGUCUUCAACGGCCCCGAUGUCUGUGUCAACUCCUCAGAAUUACAGCACUAGCUACCAUACUGAGACUCAUACGACUCAGAAUCCAGUAGUGAUGCAUUCACCUGGAGGAUCGUACAAGAGCUAUCAGAGCUCGCACUAUUCCAAACAGGAAAAGACAACCUCUACAACAACCACUCAACCCCAGCCAGCGAUCACCCAGACAACAAAUCUGCCAAUCACGAAGAGCACCACCUACAACUAUUCACAGAGCACCACCGAGGCUCCACAGCCUCUACCAGCGACUCAGGCCAAUUACCAGGCCCAUAUGAGCAGACAUAGGGAGGAGACUCAUCGCGAAGAGACCAGUCGCCCAGUCUCGCAGCUCAGCCAAUUCAGUGAACAGAAGAGUUUCAAGAGGAAUGUGGAAGAGAAAACGGAAACCAAAACCAUCCCUGGAACGACAACCCUCUACACUUCGGAUUCGAACCGAAACUUUUCCGCUCAGGAUGUCUUCAAUAAAAAGGAAGAGAUGAACGAAACUCUUCCACUGGGAAGUAUUAGCAAUACACAUGCUAAUACUCAGGGUGGAUACCGAGACCAACAGGGCCAUGACGUCUCUUAUAAGCGAGAAACACAGACAGCUGUUGACCCUGGCAAGGAAUACGCGCUACUGAAGGAGGAAGAGAAAAGGGUGGUGGAGACCGAUUUGGAGCCCGGUGUAAUCUCAAGGCACGUGACCACAAAAUACUACAAGAAGAAGAACCGUAACCGACACCACAACGACAACAACCCCGCAGUGAGCGGUGCCGUCGAAGGGAGCCUCCUCGAUAGAAUCGCUACGCUAUUGAAUUCAUCGAAAAAAUGCUGA